AGGUACAAUCAUCAUUGUCAGCCCUAACCAGAUCUACAAAGGUGAGAAAACAGCAUCCACUUCAAAAGUUGGUUGUCUUGUUGAUACAUCAGCAAAAUACACAAAUUCAUUCAGUCAAUAAUGACAAUCAUCCUUAGAUUCAAUCUCUUCCUCUUGUUCUUAUCACACGCAAUCGCUUCUCCAAGAUUCAAUCUUUCUCACUUCAUCUUCCCCAAAAUCAGCGAAGAAUUUCGCCCCCAAUCCUCUCUCUUCUUAAAGGAUGUGUUAGGAGCUGUAUGUAAUAGGGAACAUUGGAAGUUGGAAGAAAUUAAGGUUUCGGAAUUGGAGAUUGGGAAAGUGAAAUAUGGGAGAUUGCAGAGGUAUGAGAUUGAGUUUCUGUUGGCGAACAAGAAGGAUUAUGUGUUUAAUACGUGGGAUAAUGUUCCAAUGUGGAAGAGAUUGAAGGACAGAGAAGAGGAGUUUGAGGUUUCGGCUAAUCGAGUGGCGUCUAGAGCUCUGCUUGGUUCGGUUCGGAUAGAUGGACCUGUUGAGUUGCUUGUUUCCGGAUACGAUGAGAUGUCGUUGGUAAUGCCGUGGAACACGUCGCAUGCUGGUCUGAAGCGGAUACUUGUCGGUGAAGACAUUACAGUAGAGGUGAAGAAUGCACAUGAAGUCUCGCUUUCUCAAACAUCCGUUACCGGACAACAAGCAAAUGUCAUUGCUCAUAGGGAGCAAUGUAACCUAUGGCUCUUUCCAUCUUUGACGUGUGUGCCGUUACUUCCAGUAAGGAUUUCUGGGUCUGCAACUGUAGUCGCCUUCAAGAGUCGAAAUCCCGGAGCAUACAUUUCAUCAAAUAUUCUAUCGCAGAAUGUUAUUGAGUUGCUUCCGGAUAAAUGCUACUCUAGACGUACCCAUAAACCGCAACAGUGUCCGGUCGAAUCCUUGAGGUCGUGGAUAAGACUGGGUGAAAGAGUAUUGAAGACCUUUUUGUUCGACAAAUUUAACGGGGCAAAAGUUAAAGCAAAGAUCGAAGCGUCAACUGCGUUUCGUUUUCAGUUGGAACUAGAAAGGAAUAUUAGGAGUAAUGAUACGCGGUGGGCUACUAUGGCGGAAUGGCGUACAAGGCCUACCGUCGAGCAUGUAUGGUUUGAGGUAGUUGCGAGAAUCGAACGGAAGCGGUUAAAGCCGUUAACUAUUAGGAAGAUAAAACCGUUUGUUGGAGAAGAUUCAUCCGAUUGGAGUAACUUGAUGUCUAAUAUGUCGUUCACUAAAUUGCCGUCGGUCCUUGUAGCUCCUGAGGCUCUUACACUAGAUGGGUAGGAAACUUGUAUGUGUAUUACUCGGAAAGCUCUUGCGCCGAGGAAUAACUUUCGUCAUCAGAUUACUUGUAAAAAUAAAGUUUAUAGUUUGAGAUUUGUAAAUCAAGUUCAAGUACAUUAAUAGAGAUAAAAAAAAAGAAAAAGAAAAUGAAGAUUUGAGUA